AUGGGCCAGGAGGCCACCACCGUCGCCGUCAGCGAGCCCGCCCUUUCCUUCGAGUUUGACUCGAGCCAGUCGCUGUUCGAGCAGCUCACCAAGGCCCAGCAAACCAACAGCUCCACCUUCGCAAACAACGUCGCAGCAACGUCUGGCCCCAUGGCAGCACACACGCUCGUGUCAGCAGCAGGCACGCCCGCGCCCAUGGGACCUCCAGCAACGACAGCCGAGUCGAUGGGACCACCAGUGGGGGCUAUGAUGCAGCCAACAAGUAUGCCCCUAACGAUGCCCUCGGAGGAAAUGUUGACGCAGAUGCCAACGUACCAGCAGAUGGCCAUGCAAGCGCCCUUGGCAGCCCAGGUGCACAAGACGCGUGAACAGAGCUGCGGGCCCAUCAUGCACUACGAACGCGCCAUGAACGCCGCCGCCCGCCACAGCAGCAUGCCCGCCUACAUGGAAUACUCGCCCGCGCCGUCGUUUGUCUCGUCGCACUUUGAGGACUACAGCCAGCGCGGCCUCAGCUACGAGCCCAUCACACCGCCCCAGCACCAGAUGCAGCAGCAGCAGCCCCACCACGAGCCUGCCUAUAUCGCCAACGAGGAGACGGGCCUCUACGCCGCCAUGCCCGACCCGGGAAUGUCGCAGUACUACAACCCCUUGAUGCCCGUUGCCCAGCCCAUGGCCGCUCCCCAAUAUCCUUCGAUGAUGCGCCCUCUGAACCACUUCCCCUCGGCGCUCGAGGGCUCGCCCACGUACAAGCAGCGCAGACGUCGCUCCUCUUUGACCCAGCAACCGCCCAACUCGACUCCUCAGAGCGUCACGUCGCACGCCGUCCACCGUCCCAGCGAUCUGCGCCACUCGUCUGUCCCUGUCCACGAUGUCGACCCCGUCUACCACGACUCGCCGAGAGGAGCGACCCCCGUGCGCCAGCAGAAGGACUACUCGCGCCAUGCCACUCCCGUUGACGACUCGAUGCCCAUGGGCCAGGACGAGUACGCACAAGCAUACCCUGGAGACCAGUACCGCCCUGUCAACUACGCCCAGGCUGCCGUCAUGCGCACUCCCAACGGUGUCUUCCGUCGCGCCCGCAGCGCCACCGUCCAGGAUAUGAACAACCCUUACCCCUCCAAAUCCCACUCGUGCCCGAUCCCCAUGUGCGGCAGGGUUUUCAAGAGGUUAGAGCACUUGAAGCGGUGA